UUUCCCUGGAGUAGGGUUUUCAGUUUCCAAACCUGAUGUGAUGUCACAUCUGGAACGAGGGGAAGAGCUGUGGGUCCCAGACCUCCAGGGCUCUGAGAAAGAAGUGCUUUCAAGAGCUGCCCGCACAGGGAGUGACCUACGUCUGGAUUCUCUCUGUGACCCAUCAGGUGAUGGGAUGGUGAGUGAGAAUGAGGAGGAGGAUGUUGAGCAAGUAGAACCACCUGGGACAUUAUCAGGAAGAUCCAAAGGGAAUGUUCCUGGGAGUUGUACACUCCCAGAAAAAGAAAAAGCCUGUGAGACGCAGCCGAUGCCAGAGGAAAACUUGAGUAGCCACUCAGACCUUAUUACUCGUGAGAGAAUCAACGUGGAAGAGACACACUACACAUGCCAUGAGUAUGGGAAAAGCUUCAAUGGGAGCUCAGACCUUUUCACACAUCAGAGAAUCCACAGAAGAGUGAAACCCUACAUGUGCUCUGACUGUGGGAAAAGCUUCAGUCGGAGCUCAGCCCUUAUCACACAUUGUAGAAUCCACACAGGAGAGAAACCCUACACGUGCACUGAGUGCGGGAAGUGCUUCAGUUGGAGCUCAAACCUUUUCAAACAUCAGAGAAUCCACACAGGUGAGAUGCCCUACACAUGCUCUGAGUGUGGGAAAAGUUUCAGUCAGAGCUCACACCUUAUCAGACAUCGGAGAAUCCACACAGGAGAGACACCCUACACGUGCUCUGAGUGUGGGAAAGGCUUCAAUCAGAACUCAGACCUUAUCAGACAUCGGAGAAUCCAUACAGGAGAGACGCCCUACACAUGCGCUGAGUGUGGGAAAAGCUUCAAUCACAGCUCAAACCUUAUUAGACAUCAGAGAAUCCAUCUGAGAGAGAACUGUAAUAAAUGCCUUGAUUAGGUCUGGCCAAAUAUGUAUUUUUUUAAUUCCAUUUCCUAAUUCGCACAUAGUGAUGUUUGCACCAUCUUCACAGUAGUCUCUCAGCUUCCCCAGAUAAGUUGCCUGCUUCUGCCUUUUGCAGCUCACCCUUUUUUGAGGUCAGUCCUGUGAUCUUUUCUAUCGACUCCUUUCCUUUUUAGUCGUAGGAGUGUGUGUCCCUCCAGCCAGGAACGUUCAUCAGCCGCAAGUGGGAGUGAGAUCCCAACAAGCUACACUGAGACAAAAACUACCUGUGCCUUCCAUUCACUAGGGCUGUACAUGGCGUUGGCUGCUCAAGUUAGUGGUCUUGGUGUAAAAAGAGAAUUAAGUUGUAGAGCAGAUGCAGCCCAGUUGCAGUGGUUGGCAUUAGCUUUCCCCUUGACCUGACCUAAACACUUGUCAGAAAAAACUACCGGUUUCUUUUGCAAGCAUUUGCUUUGCAAUGUAGAGGCAGAAGCAGUCUUCGCUGUUUCCUCAAAAGAUUGACCAAAAGGUGGGAAGAGCGGACACGUUUGGUAAGGCACCACUGGAUGCUGCAUCCCUAACCUCCACUUUACCUGGCAGGUGCCUUGGCCAGCUUAGCCACGGUGCCACUCUCUGGAACUUUUCUCCCAAGUGCUCCAUUUUUCAUUAAUGAGAAUCAAAAGGAAGGUGACAGAAGAGUAUUGCCUAUAAGGAUCUCUGUGCAUAGACAUCCCCAGCGAAUCCCAGGGAUGUGGUGCACAGGCUCUUCUGUUGCAGCAGUUGCAGUUGAAGCAACCACUUUGCCAAUGCCAGCGACAGUAGCCUUUUCAUCAGCUCCAGGCUUGUGAUUUGAUUCUUUUCAACACUUCACUCUAAAGAAGCCUUUUCCUUAGCAAGCAAUUACUGGGAUUGCCAAGGGAGGUCUCUUCUCUUUCCUAGAAAGGCAUAGGAAAAUGUGAGCGGAGGAGACUAAGGCACCACUGGGACUUGAACCCAGGAUCUCCUGUUUACUAGACAGGUGCUUUAGCCAGCUAAGCCAUG